UGGUUUAUCUAAGGGAGGACGAGAAACAUUCGCACAAAAUGCCAGGAAAAAUGAUCAGCUCUCUUUGUGUAUUGGUUAUCAAUGUAGUAUCAGUGUUUGGGUUUUUUAUUCUUUACUUUCACUUCACGGUUCAAACCUCUYUUUUUAUCGCGGAGAAAUUUGCCUCACGACAAGCGACAGGAUUAAUGAGGCAUUAUCAAAACAAGCCAACUCAACAAGAAAGRAAAAUCGGAAAAUUCGCAGUACACGAGUGGAACAACCUAUGUAAAGGCACACUCCAACACUUGUUUAAGUCUACAGUGUUCCCAAAGCAUCCGGACACUAUUUCCGUCGUUAGCAAAUCUUUUAUCAGUUCUAGAAAUCAGAAUUCUGGGAGACGUUUGAGUGGGUAUUUGCAUGUACCGGAGACAGGGAUUUACAAGUUUCUUCUCAAAUCUAGUGGAGGUUCAGAGCUCUGGCUUUCGGAAAGCGAGAAUCGYAAAGACUUGGAACUUGCCGCAAGAGUUCACCCAGAAAAUAUCGAGCUAGACAAUGUCGAGCAAAAAUUUCAGUAUUCGACAGAAAUAUUCUUGAGCGAGGAUAUAAGCCAUCCUGUUGAAAUUUUUCAUUUUGGCGAUUUUUUAGAAGUUCGCUGGAUUCAACCUGAAGAACACGAAUUUGAAGUGAUACGAGAGAAGCAUAUAUCACACGACACUAGGAGCACAGGACAUGAAGAUCUAGCCGCUUGGUUCUUCAAGAAUAAGGACAAGCAGAUGGAUGAGAACACUGUCUUGAAAUUUUCAUUGAUAUCUUUUAUAAGUCCAGCAUGGGUAAGGAAUAAAGUUAUGCCAGUGUGUUCUUAUGGUUUAAAGGAUGUUGAAUCGGGGGAAAAAGCAUCGAAUUUUGCGGUUUUGAAGACAAAUAUAGAAGUAUUGUUUAGUGAUCCUGAUGGACAUGAAUUGGAAACAUGGAAGGAGAAAGCUGAAGUAAGACAAUUGGUCGAAUUUUAUUUGAAGGGAUUAGAAAAGGCAUAUCCGAAGAGAUUCAAAACAAAGCGAGUUUACAAAGUAGAGAAACUUUCCCUCUCGAAAAACCAAGAACCACUUUACCUGUUGGAGAUUGAACUAGAAGUAGAUGGCCUGGAUUAUCCUGAACGAGCUGUAGAAUACAUCCACAAACCCAAUGCUUCUCAUUUCUGUUAUCCAGAAGGCUUCAAYUGGAACAAGGAAGCCUUUAUAAAUGUGAUCGUAGUAGUCAAACAGGAAGCAAAAUGGUUCAAAUUAUUCAUCGAUAGACUUGAAAAAGCCUUCGAGGACGCCUUAGAAGUGGAUUUGCACCUUAUUGUAGUAGAUUUUGAGGAAACAGGACUUAAUAUUGAAAGUAAUUUAAACAAAACAACACUAAAACACAGRUUCACAGUUAUCAAGAUGGACGGACCUUACUCAAAGUCACGUGGCUUUAAUAGGGCAGCCUUAUUGGUUAAGGGGAAACAUCCAAUCAUAUUAGCAUGCGAUGUUCACGUGGACAUUCCCGACACCCUCUUCGAAGAUACGAGAAAGCACUGUAUCGAGGGACGCAUUGCUUUCGCUCCUGUCGUCUUUCAGCUUGACUGCAGUUCACAUCCGGGGAUCCAAAACCCAAGUGGAUCGUGGUGCUUCCAUGGUUACGAUGUGAUUGGCAUUUACAAGAAGGAUUGGACCAGGAUUUCAGGAAUGGAUGAAACUCUGUUUGAACAGAAAGCGGACUGGGACCUAGUUCAUAGAAUUAGGAACUCAGGGCUAUWUGUAACACGAGUCAAGUACCCAGGCCUCUACCGUUACUACAUGCCAGCACGGMCAAAAACCGUUGAGAAGCUAAAUAAGGAGCUGGGAUAUCUACAGAAGGAUGUCUGAUCCAGGAGAUCCAGAUUAUGGGAUAUUUU